AAAUUUUGACUAGCAUCUUCGCCUGAAACGAAACACAUAGCCUAGAAAAAAGAAAACAUUCUUUUUUCUCUCUAUCUCAAAUUCUUCCAAUCUCAUUAAAAACUGGCCAACAAAACAACACAAACACUUGUAUGCCAUUUAUAGAUCCCUCAUGAAUUUUUGUUAUGUCUAGUUGUUAUGGAUACUCUCUUUAGGCUUGUCACCCUCCAAAAACAACCCUCACACCACCAACAACCUCACUCUUUCAACUCCACUAGUAAUUUCACUAAUACAACCAAUUCAAGUAGUUCCAAAUCAUCCCACUUUACCAACAAUUACCAACAAAAUCAAGAUCAAGAAGAAUGCUUCAACUUUUUCAUGGAUGAAGAUGAUUUCUCUUCUUCUUCAAGACACCAACAUCACCAUAACCAAUACUAUUCUUCAUCACACCCUCAACCAUCUUAUGAACACCACCAAUCAUCCAACACACCAACUCCAACAACUAGCACCACAAACACCCCACCACCCUUGUCCUCCCACUAUGCCGCCUUUUCGUCCUCCGAACAUCAACAAUCAUCCGAUCCGCACAUCAAUUACUCAUACUCACCGGUUCAUGACGUCACCAUGGAGUACUCAAACUCAUUCACUACCAACUCUUGGGCUUACGACAUCCUUCUUGAUGCCGCACGAGCCGUGGCUGAUAAAAAUAGUGCACGCUUGCAACAGUUAAUGUGGAUGCUAAAUGAGCUUAGCUCUCCUUAUGGUGACACUGACCAAAAAUUAUCAUCUUAUUUCCUUCAAGCACUCUUUGCUCGUAUGACAGAGUCCGGUGAGAGAUCUUACCGGACUCUGUCAUCAGCUUCUGAUAAAAUGUGUUCAUUUGAAUCUACAAGAAAACUUGUACUAAAAUUCCAAGAAGUCAGUCCUUGGACAACUUUUGGUCACGUUGCUAGUAAUGGUGCCAUUAUGGAAGCCUUUGAUGGUGAAAGUAAGUUACAUAUAAUUGAUGUAAGUAACACUUUUUGUACACAAUGGCCUACUUUACUUGAAGCUAUUGCAACACGUACGGAUGAAACACCACAUCUACGUAUCACCACAAUCGUCACAUCCAAGUUAGGCGGCGGAGAUGGAUUAUCGGGCAAUGGAGUCCAAAAGGUUAUGAGAGAAAUAGGAAAUCGUAUGGAAAAGUUUGCUAGAUUAAUGGGUGUUCCUUUUAAAUUCAAUGUUAUACAUCAUUUGGGUGAUUUAUCGGAUUUAAAUUUUAGGGAAUUAGGUAUUCAAGAUGAUGAAGCACUUGCUAUUAACUUGAAUGGCACGUUACGUUCGGUCAAUAGUCAACGUAGGGACUAUUUAAUGUCGACUUUUCGUAGCUUGAAUCCUAAGAUAAUUACGGUUGUUGAUGAAGAGGCUGAUUUGGAUAUUGGGAGUGAUGGAUUUGAGUUUGUUAGAGGGUUUCAAGAGUGUUUGAGAUGGUUUAGGGUUUAUUUUGAGACGCUUGAUGAAAGUUUUCCGAAAACUAGUAAUGAAAGGUUGAUGUUGGAGCGUGGUGCGGGUCGGGCUAUUAUGGACUUAGUGGCGUGUACACCUGUCGAGUCAAUGGAGAGGCGAGAGAGCGCGGCCAGAUGGUCUAGUAGGUUUCAUGCAAGUGGUUUUAGUCCGGUUUCGUAUAGCGAUGAAGUUUGUGACGAUGUUCGUGCGUUGUUGCGGAGGUAUAGGGAAGGGUGGUCGAUGAAUCCGACGCCAGAUUCAUCGGCUGGGAUGUUCUUAAGUUGGAAAGAAACGCCGGUAGUGUGGGCUAGUGCAUGGAAAAUGAUAUGAUUGUGACUUCCACCCAAAGUAACAAAAAGAAAAAGGAAAAAGAAAAAGUGAUUGUGGCACGUGGAUGGGAUGGUGUGAGUGGGUAUUGUAUGACUUUUACUUUUAUUUUCCACUUUUUUGGAAGAAAGGAAAAUUGGGAUUUUUGUUGUUAAUUUUUUUUUUUUUAUUUAAGUUAGAGGUUUAAUUGAAGAAUGAGGGGUUUGACUUGGAUUGAAUAGCAUUACUUAAGGUAACAUAUUCUGAUUAAUAUUUGUUUACCAAUUACUCAUUGUUUGUUAUAUCACCCUUUUGUUGAUGUGAA